UAGCAAGACAUGGCUUAUGAAAAAAACAAUGAAACUAAUUCAUGCUGUACACUAUCAUCGUUUUUUUUACUACAGAUGCGUCGAGGUUACAUUAAUUUUAUUUGGACUAAAAAUUGAAUCCGAAACGAAGGCAUCAGACAUUCGUGGAGGGCAAAAGUAUUGGGCCGAAAGUACAGCUCGUACGAGGCCCGGCCCGGCCCGUGUUAUAACAGCGGCCAUUGGCGCGAGACGACGGACUCGUGCGCACGGCUCGGCUGGUGCUGGCCAUGCCCAUUCCCAACCAAACCCUGAACAAAAAGCCGCUCCGACCGCGCGCGCCCGGCCCGACUCCACUAGGGUUUUAUCUCUCCCGCCGCCGCCUCGACGCUCCUGUGCCGCCGGCAACGAGCCCGAAGAAGCCUCGCGAAGACAUGGCGGGGAAGAAGCGCAAGUCCGGGUCCGAGAAGCCGGCGAAGCACCGCCUCCCGCUGGGAGCCGAUGCCGACGCGGUUGCCGAGGCCUCGAAGCGCCGCCGCUCGGGCGCCGCCAAGCAGCACCAGGCGGACGAGGAGGCGUCCAUCCCGCCCUCCCUCAGCGCCAAGAUCCUCCGCGAGGCGCGCAAGCAGCAGCAGGAGGAGAUGCGCGCCGACGACUCCAGCGACGAGCAGCGGCCCUCUGCUGCCGAGGCGGCCGCGGGGCCGUCCACGUCGUCCUCGUUCCCCGUCCCCGCCGCGGAUGGCGAGGAGGAGGAGGACGACGACGUCGACGAGUUCGACGGGUUUGACGCGCAGACCGAGUACGACGGCGGCGAGGUGGAGAUCAACGAGGAGGAUGAGAGGGCCCUUGCUGCCUUCAUGUCAAAGGACAAAGCUGCCGAGCGCACCCUUGGUGAUAUCAUCCUCCAGAAGAUCAUGGAGAAGGACGCCGAGGUUGCAACUGAAGGACGACCUCGUGUAAAAUUGGACAACAGCAUUAUUGAGCUUUAUAAAGAGUAUGGGACUUUCCUCUUUCUUACUUUCCGUAAUGUGAAGAAGCAUUGCAUAUUUCUAUGCAGUACUGAAUUUUUCAUUUGUAGGGUUGGGAAGUUCUUAAGCCGGUACACGAGUGGGAAAAUUCCGAAAGCCUUCAAGCGCAUACCAUCGCUGGAGUGCUGGGCAGAUGUUGUGCAGCUAACGGAGCCAGAGAAUUGGUCUCCUAAUGCCGUGUAUCAAGCAACUCGCCUCUUCUCUUCGAACAUGAACACAAAGAACGCUGAGCGGUUCUAUGAAGCCAUUUUGCUACCUCGUGUUCGUAAUGACAUAAGGAAGAACAAGAGGCUGCAUUUUGCACUCUACCAGUCGCUGAAAAAGGCCCUUUAUAAGCCUGCGGCAUUUAACAAGGGAAUUUUGCUGCCACUCUGUCGGGAAAGGAAUUGCACCCUCCGUGAAGCAGUGAUUAUUGGGAGUAUUAUCCAGAAAGUCUCCAUUCCAUUUCUCCAUGCAAGUGUAGCUCUAGUAAAACUAGCAGAGAUGGAGUACUGUGGCACUACAAGUUACUUCAUCAAGCUAUUUCUAGACAAGAAAUAUGCUUUGCCGUACCGCGCGCUUGAUGCAGUGCUUGCUCACUUCAUGCGUUUUCUUAAUGAUGAGAGGACCAUGCCUGUUAUAUGGCAUCAAUCACUGCUUGCAUUCGUGGAAAGAUACAAGAAUGAGUUAGAGAAAAAGGAUAAGGAGAACCUUGCACGUUUGUUGGAUCACCAGAAACACUAUUUGGUUACUCCAGAAAUUCGAAGGGAACUUCGAGGGAGCUGCAACAGGGGUGAAAAAGAUAUGAAUUUGCAGACUUUGUCACCUAUCUCCGUCAUUACCAAGCCUAUCGAGGAAGACAAGUGGGACGUACCACAAGUGCCAAUGGAGGAAGAUUAGCCAUAUUCUCCAGUGUCAAUUUUUACACUUAAAUGAUUUUUGGGGCAAACUUCUAAAGAUAUUGCUGUGAUUUUUUGGUCAUAAACUUGUAGUGCCAAUAUUAUAAAAUGGGUACCCAGUAGAUAGGGCCCCAAUGUUCUGGGAAGGUAUUUUGCAAUCAGAAUGCGAUUCACACAGUAGUUUGUUUUGAUUGGAACUUGGAACCUGAAGAUCAGUUGGCGCAUUUCAAGGGGUCAUUCAGCAUGGAUAUGUGGUAUACUGCCUUUCUCAGAGGUGGAUAAGAAAUAGUUGGGUUUUUUUGAUCCUGGUAUUUUGUAACCGUGAUAGAACUAAAUUAUGUCGUACUUGAACCAGAAAUGGAAAUGAAUGAUCACGAGUUCGUUUGAUUUGUUUA